AGCGCGUCAGUGCUGUCAAUUCCUAGGUCCGGCAAUUGGUUUGACGGAACAUCUCAGGACUCUUCAAUAGUAGAAAACAGAUUCAGUCCAAAAUGGUUUUGUUGACGAUGAUUGCUCGGGUGGCAGACGGGCUACCGCUAGCCGCCUCAAUGCAAGAAGAUGAACAGAGUAGCGAGCAGUCAGGUAGGGACCUUCAGCAGUAUCAGAGCCAGGCGAAGCAGCUGUUCCGUAAACUGAAUGAACAGAGCCCCAACCGCUGCACCCUAGAGGCUGGCGUCAUGGCCUUCCACUAUUUGAUAGAGAAAGGUGUGUGCUACCUGGUGCUGUGCGAGGCAGGAUUCCCCAAGAAGCUGGCCUUCGCCUACCUGGAGGACCUUCAGGCUGAGUUCCACGAACAACACGGGAGGAAGGUUCCCACUGUCUCCCGACCAUACUCAUUCAUCGAAUUUGACACCUACAUCCAGAAGACGAAGAAGUCGUACAUCGACAGCCGGGCACGCAGAAACCUCGGCAGCAUCAACACAGAGCUGCAGGACGUGCAGAGGAUCAUGGUGGCCAACAUUGAGGAGGUGCUCCAGAGGGGAGAGGCCCUAUCCGCUCUGGACUCGAAGGCCAGUAAUCUGUCCAGCCUCUCCAAGAAGUACCGCAGCGACGCCAAGUAUUUGAACACCCGCUCCACCUAUGCCAAGGUUGCCGCCGGUGCCGUGUUCUUCCUCACGCUCAUCAUUUACGUGCGUUUCUGGUGGCUCUGAGAGCCAGGGACACAGCCGCAGAUGAAGACAAGGACGGAAAAGGAGGAGAGAGCCCACAGUGCUCACAUACUCAAUGAAAGAUCCUCCCUAAGGCUUUUCCUGUUCAUAGAUUUAUUUAAUAAUUGUCAUUACUGCUACUCAAAAUCUCCUUUACUGCUGCGUAGUGAGAGUGCUGAAUGAAUGAUUGUGUGUGUGUCUCCAUGCCUGUAUGAACCCCAACACUGCUCUCUCUCACAGGUUAAUUUAAAAACAGCAUAGCAGAGCAAAUCAAUUUAAUUGCUGUGUGCUCAACGAGAGAACAUUGGAGGCCUAGGAGGGCAUGUUUACAUCUCUAUCAGCAUGAUGGGACCCGUACCAGUCCAGCAGAAUGUUUAAUGGACUUUCACAAGUUUUACUUUUAGAGGUGUGCGAGGGUUAACUUCUUGGCUGAAUGAAUCCAAGCCUGGCAGUUUGAGGUUUUCAUAGCGGUUAUAGUUUUCAGCGGUUUCAGUUUUCUGUGUGUGGGCGAUCUGUGCUUGGACCGACUGGCACCUGCGACCUGGCUUAUUAAUGGAUCGUCACACUGGAAAUUCACUCUGUGGACUUUAUUUUGUAAAAGGUUUACAUCCAAAAAAUCCCAUGUAAAAAGAUAAAACAUUGAAUGUGGGGUUUGUGUCGAUGACUGGAAAAGAGAGACUACUUGUUCCUAAACAUCAAGUUAGAGCAGGAGCUGUGCAGAUACACUUCUCUCUGUAUUAUAUGGAGGCAGUAAUGUGAUUAUGUUUCCAUAAUUAGCCCAUAAUGAUGAUACACAGACAUGUGAAUGCAGACAUGCACAGUGCCUGCUCUGAGAUGAUGCCUGUGAACAACUCAAGCAUUU